AAAAGCUUACGUACCUGCUGUUUGCUAAUCUCCUCUAUAAAAUUCAACUAACUCAAUGCUAUUCGAAAUUAACUCAUUUCAAGAUGAGCACCAUGGAGUUUUUCUUCUCCUCUGCAGUAACAACAUUGAUUGAGAAACUCAACCUUUCCGACGUAGCGUUUUCGCUGUUUUGUCUCUUUGUUUUCAGCUCACUUGUUCAGAAACUCACUUCCAAGGGUCCAAUGUUAUGGCCUCUGGUCGGAAUCUUUCCGACGAUGAUCAUGCAUUGUACGUGCCUUCAUGAAUGGAUCACAAAAGCUCUGAUCGAUCAUCGAGGCACGGUUCCGUUUAGAGGUCUUUGCGUUGGAGGAAUUUGUGGUAUUGUCACGGCUGAUCCUGUGAAGAUUGAGUACAUGUUAAAGUCCAAGUUUCAUAAUUUUCCGAAAGGGAGAUAUUAUAGGGAAAGAUUUACUGAGUUGCUUGGACAAGGGAUUUUCAAUGCUGAUGAUCAGUCUUGGAAACAUCAAAGACAGGCUGCGGCUACUGUUAUGCAUUCGGUACGAUUCGUGGAGUAUUCGACGCAGAGCAUGCAGGAUCUGGUGCACAAGAAGCUUCUGAAAGUGCUGGAGAAUCUAGUGGAGUCCAAGGUUUGCAUUGAUUUACAAGAAUUGUUGCUUCGGUUUACAUUUGAUAACAUUUGUGUAGCCGCCUUUGGUGUCGAUCCAGGGUGCUUGUCGAUUGGAUUGCCAGAUGUUCCGUUUGCUAAAGCUUUCGAGGAAGCCACUGAAUCCACUUUAUGCAGGUUCAUUGUGCCCCCAUUUGUGUGGAAGACUCUAAAGUUCUUCGACUUGGGCUUCGAGAGAAGACUCAAAAAUUCAGUAAAAGUUGUGCAUGAUUUUGCUGACAAGACUGUGCAAGAGAGGAAGGAAGAAUUAGCACAAGAUCAGGACAUUAAUUUGGAUGAAAAAUUCGAUUUACUGUCGAGGCUUAUAAACCUGGAAAAGGGAAAUAAAAACGGUUAUUUUUCGGAUAAAUUGUUGGAAGAUUUUUGUAUAAGUUUUAUCUUAGCAGGCAGAGACACCAGCUCAGUGGGACUAGCUUGGUUUUUCUGGCUAGUUUCCACACACCCUCAUGUCGAAAAAAAUAUUCUGCAAGAAAUUCAUGACAUCCUCAGUCCGCGACAGCAAAACAUCCAAACAGAACUCAACAGCAACAUUAUUUUCACAACAGACGAACUCCACAAAAUGGUCUAUCUACAAGCAGCAUUAUCCGAAUCACUGCGCCUCUACCCCCCUGUCCCUUUCGAUUUCAAAGAAGUUCUAGAGGACGAUGUGUUUCCGGAUGGCACGAGAGUAAAACGCGGUGAAAAGGUCCUCUACAGCAUUUUCUCAAUGGCCAGGAUGGAAUCCGUCUGGGGAACCGAUUGUCGCGAAUUCAAGCCUGAGAGAUGGAUCAAAGAAGGCGCAUUUGUGAGCGAAAAUCCGUUCAAGUAUGCGGUGUUCAAUGGAGGGCCGAGGCUGUGUGUUGGCAAGAAGUUCGCUUACACGCAGAUGAAAAUGGUGACAGCUUCAAUUUUAGCAAGGUAUUCAAUUCAAGUUGUUGAAGGAUUUGAAGUUGCACCCAAAACAACCACCACACUUUACAUGAAGAAUGGGUUAAUGGUCAAGCUUGUACCACGAAAUUAAUGCGAAAAAAGUGGACUGAUCAAUAACUAAGAAGUGUAAUAAAGGAAUUAAUCGCUUAUUUAAAUUUGUUUGUGCGUACGUUUAUAGUUUGGAUGUUGUAAAGUGUUGCUGUCUGUUUCUCUAUAUAAGAAUCGUAUGGUGAUAUAAGCAAGUUUGCAUCACCUUAUUUACAGUAGGUUCUUUAAGGAAAAUGAAUGAAUGCGAAAAAAAAAGGAGCACUCAACUUGAGAAAGCAUCCUUAAUUUGCUUAA